GUUAGAGGAAAAUCAAAGAGGGACAGAACAGAGAGAGAUGCCUCUCCAUUAUUUUUUCCGCUAUAUUUUCUGUCGCUCCUAGAAAUUGAGCAGCUCUCAACCUGAGUGGUCUGCUACCAGUGGACACAGAGAGUGCAAAAACUGCACAGAAAACAGAAUAAUCUACUCGAAACUAGAUCACCAGACUGCUGUGAAGACCUACUGCUGUAUCUCUAGGUCGGUGGAUAAUCCAUGACUGCUUAACCCUGGGCCACAGUUCUGAUUAGCACCAAAUGACAUUAAUUGGAAGAGGAUUUAGCUGACCUGAAGAACUUGGAUUUUUUUGUUCUAAUUUUGAAGAUUUUGGAGUUCUAGACCGGCCAAUUCUGGAGUUCUAGACCUGGAUAUCAGUGUUCUAGACCGGAAGAUUCUAGAGUUUUAGAUCUGGACAUCGUGGUGUUCUACACCUGGACAUCAUGGUGUUCCAGACCGGAAGAUUCUAGAGUUCUAGACCUGGACAUCGUGGUGUUCUAGUCCUGGAUCAAAACACGGUAUAACAAUGUCCUGUGACCACGAUGUGAUCUCUUCUGGAGUGUGGGACUACGAUGGCAUUUUUUGCUUUCUGCCCUUCAUGCUGCUGGUCCUAGUCUCCCUGGCGCUCCGCUGCCCCCUGGUGGAGAGGAGGGCCAGGCUGGCGGUGAGGGCUGUCGCCUGGGGGUUGUGGGUGUUUCUGUGCUGGCUCCUUGAACUCCCGAUCCACCAUCCUGAGACAGAACCAGGCCGGGCCAAGGGGAGGGAAGCCAGCCGCGGAAGCCUGAGCUGGGGCUGGAGCGAGGCAGGGGAGGGGUACGGAUUAUCGCCGGACCCAAGAGCUUCAUCAAAGAGCAUCCAGGCUCCGUUUCUGGCCUGUAAGCCCACGGCCCUGGCCCGGUUUCUGUUCCAGCACUGUGGGUCCCUGGUCAGUCCCAGACUGGCUCUGUGGCCCAGGGGGGACCCCCACCUCCAGACUAUCUCCAGUCUACUAUGGGGUGGCCUGACUGAGGGAGACCCAGGACCAAAGGAGGUCACCUUCACCCGAGACCACCUCUUACUAAAGGACGGGGGGUUGGUGGCUCUGGACUGGGCUGUGAGACGUGAGGGGGUGAAGGAGCACCAUGCAGGAGGGAAAGCGUUGGGGUGCCACACUUCCUCCCCCCCUGUUCUCCUACUCAUCCCUCACUACCGGGGAGGGGUGACACCGCACCUGAGGCGUCUGUGUGGGCUGGCACUCGGUCAGGGUUUCUACGCCCUGGUGUUCCAUCGCAGGGGCACGGCGGGAUGCCCUCUCACCACGCCACGGCUGACUGAGUACGGGGACCCGGCUGACCUGGUGCAGACUGUAACGUACGUGCGUAGUCGGCACCCAUCCUCGGUGCUCCUGGCUGUGAGCGAAGGCUCUGGGUCAGGUCUGCUGCUGUCUUACUUGGGAGAGUGUGGCUCCUCUUCAUACCUGACAGCUGCAGCCUGCAUCUCGCCCGUGCUGAAGGCUCAAAUGUGGUUUGACACCCCCCUACCUCCACUCUAUCGCUGGGGGGAUUUGCUCCACCGCAAACUACAGCUCAGCAGGUACGCCAGCGCCUUUCGUGGAGUUUUAGAGGUGGACAGGGCUCUCAGCUGUUCCUCCCUCAGAGACUUUGAAGAGGCGCUCUUCUGCUUCCCACCCAACCCACAACUCCCAAACACCUCCGAUCCGAAUGCAACGCGGAAGCAGGAGGCUGUCCCUGGGGCCAAAACCGUCACCACAAGCCUAACCUCCACCUUCUCGCCCGGACUUCCAGCCACCAGACGGGGGACCACAGAAAACCACCAACACACCCCAGCGGUGCUCCACCCGCCAGGGGCCUCCGCACGUGACGCAGGCGCGCCGGCCCCGGCCUCUGGAGCCAGACCAGGGGCUAAUGCCUCCACGCCACUCCCGAGGGGACCACCGGGGGUGGGUGAGGUGGCGUCCUGGGUGCCGGGGGAGCGGGGCCAUCCUGCCAGGGACUGGGAGACCUACUGGGAGAGGAAUGAACCCCUGAGGGAUGCAGACGAGGUAGCGGUCCCCGUGCUCUGCCUAUGCAGCUGUGACGACCCCCUCCUGCCGCCCCCCUCCACCCUGCCCCUCGCCCUGUUCCAGAACAACCCUUACUUCCUGCUGGCACUGACGGGUAGCGGCGGGCACUGCGGGUUUGGGCUGGAGGAGGGCGGGGAGGAGGAGGGAGGCUGCUGGAGCCACGCGGCCGUGUUGGAGUACUUCCAGGUGGUGGCUGAGUUUCUGAGGGGGGAGGGGGGCCCCAGGGUGGCAGGGUGCUAUGGGCCCGAGCGAGGAAGCCAGAGGGGCUUGACCGGCAACCCCCGGAAGAAGAGGGCGACUACGAUGAGGAGAAAUGGACACCACACACUGUCCCACCGGGAAGACGUUGUCGAAGGACGAGCGUUUACCUGGCAGAGGUCCUACACGCGCUGAGACGCGACGAGGAAUGGAGCGGAUUUAGUGAGACUUUACAGCUCUCCCAUUGCCCUGGGCCACAUUGACUGUGCCCGCAUUUCUUGACAGGUGAAGAGAAUGAACAGCCGUGUAGCGACCUAAUUGUGAUCAAACCUUCUGAGUUCAAACUGACAAAAUCAGGACACGAUCCCAAACAAGGGUAUGUUAGGGUCUGGCCGCAGCAGACCAAAUCAAUCAACAGCAUUGAUCUGAUUUAACAGGAACUCUGGGAGCUUCAAUAAUGAAGACGGAACUGGGAACACAUCUAGCAUAGAAAUAGAAUAGCUAUGAAUUAUUUGAUCUAAAAUGGACAAAGCACUGUAUUUUUCAUGAGAAAACCUUUGAAAGAAAUUUCAGCCACUAAAGAGUGUGUCUUUGAAAGUGUCUGUAAGAUCUAUGUUGUAUUUCUGUGAACUGUAAAUACAGUAUGUUAAUGAUAUAGUGGCAACUUGGCUGUGUUUGCUUUCAACAAUGAUUGGAACAAGAUAACUAAUCUCACAUUAGAAAAAAUACUACAGUUCACUAUACUCUACUUAACAGGGGUAUUCAUCUCUGGACCUCGAAGCCAGUUCCACUUCAUUUAUUCGUUGCUAGCCUCUAAUCAGGGAUAUAUUUAGACCGUGGGCACCAGGUGGGUGCAAUUAAUGAUGGGUCAGAACAGAAAACCAGCAGACUCCGGCCCACGUAGUGUAAGAGUUUACUACCCCUGCUCUAUAGUAUUCUCUGUAGCGUUUUCACACAAAAACAAUGAAUACCGUAGUAUCCUUCCAACACUAAACAACGAGUGAAUGUCUGUGGCAAAAAGUCCUGUUAAACAGCAGGUAGAAUCUAAAAUUCAGACUGUCCUGGCUUCAAAGCAAGUGGCACGAUGAUCAGUGUCAACAGGACCAGAGUUCUCCAGUGUUGACAUUGGAGAAAAAAAGUCUGGAAAAAAAGCAGCACCAACACAUCAGCUGUUUUCAGAGCCACAGGCUUUACCAGGAUUACCACAGGACAUUCAGUAACACACACACACACCACAGGACAUUCAGUAACACACACACCACACACACAGACAGACACACAGGACAUUCAGUAACACACACACACACACCACAUGACAUUCAGUAACACACACACCACAGGUCACUGAACUGCCUAGAUCCCAGAUGGCACACUGUUCUCUGACAUUUUUUAAAUGUUAUUUUGUAUACAUAACUGCUGGACCGUCCUAGACGACUAGUGUACUGCUUUGAACAAGAGCUCAGAGAACUAUGAAGGCAUAUGGAAUUAUGCAUUUAGUUAGAACCACAUGGACAACACACACAACAACAUGGACAACACAAAGAACCACAGAACCACAUGUACAGCACGCGGAACCACAUGUACAGCACGCGGAACCACAUGUACAGCACGCGGAACCACAUGUACAGCACGCGGAACCACAUGUACAGCACGCGGAACCACAUGUACAGCACGCGGAACCACAUGUGCAGCACGCGGAACCACAUGGGCAACACACAGAACCACAUGGACAACACACAGAACCAUGGAUCCAUAUGGACAACACACAGAACCACAUGAUGUACAAACCAACCAACACUAUAUUCAAGGGAAUAUUAGUGUCAUAAAAUAGGUAGAAUACAGACAAAAGUCUGAACAAUAAAAACACAGAAGAGUGAAGAUGUACCCACCAAAUACAGACAUGAAAGGUGGAUGUUGUUUUGACAGGUAGCUCAUACGGUUGUUGUGUAUGGUAAACGGGCGUCAUCGCCGUUUACGCACCUUUACAUUUUGUGAAAUAGCGUUUACUCACUUCUAAUUAAUUAUCGUUUACCUACCGGUCCUGACGUCUCAGAGAUGAGUAACGUCGGUUAAACAAGUGGAACCUAGUUUUCUUUUAUACCUAAGCAUGUCAAAAUAUUUAAUUAAAACUUGAUAACACCUUAACUACAUCCAAUCACGUGUUAACGGUUCAGAUGACGUAUGUAGAAUCAGAUUUCGUGAGGCAGACAAACAUGACUGGUGAAAAGACGAUUAGAUUAGGGUAUGUAGGCUACUGUCCCUAAC